AUGGAGUAUAAUGCUUCUGAAGUGCGUACAAGACUUGACUCAUUGUUAGAGACUGUGAUCGAUGACAAAGAGACGCAAAAAGCCCUCUCGCCAGACGUUGAUAUCCCCAGUCAGUUCUUAGAAACGCAUGGUAUCACUCUGGAGUUUCAUGAAUUCGACAACACUAGCAACAGCGCAAGUAAGAAUAUCGACCUUGACCCCCCGAUUCUGUUUGAUUAUUGUUCCCCAAACUUUUUCCAGCAGCACCCCGUGGACUUGGACGCAUUCACAGAUCCCAAAUGGAUGAAACCGACGCUUCAUUACGCAAAGUUCAAAAAAGAUAUGCCUUUAAUGAGUCGUGUUAGCUAUGCCGCUCAUUAUCUUCAUCGUUGGGCUGGCGGCGGCGGACUCCCUAGAAAGGGGGUAUUACCAGGUGCUUUGUCCACUUGUGAAUUACGAGGUCUGGUCAGCGUGACAGGUCGUCAUGCAUUAUACGCCGGUCUUGGAUUCAACAACAAUGUUGCCCAUCAAUACAACGUUUGGAUCUUUGAAUAUGAUAGUGUCGAUAAACGGUUCGGAAGUAACAAACCACAUCUCAUUCUGUUGGGCGAAAUAAGAGACGUUGGCCACGAGGGUUCAAUCUUGUAUGGAGAGCUUGCAUUGCUUCUCACGGCCAUGCGAAAUCGUGCAUUUCAGCGUGCGGUAUUCAAGUAUCCAGAUUCAGACGAAGAUUCAGAAAAGGGAAACGAGAUUCCGUCGGAUAAAGGGUUCCGCUUUGAAGAUGAACGGCGCUUUCCAGUUCUUAUGGUCUCCAUUGUCGGCAUGCAGCAUGCGCGAAUUUCCCAUGCUUGCAUGGACGGCCUGAAGGUAGUUAUUCGACAAGUUGGACACUAG